UCUCUCUCUCUCUCUCUCUCUCUCUCUCUCUGAUGCUUAAGAAAAAGUGGCGGUCUGUUAUUCAUUGCCGAAGACGGCUUCGGGAUUUUUCUCUUCAGCAUCAACACUAAUGCUGUAUCCAUGACAUGUGCAAUGCUUUUGACCGCUAUACCCCAACUAAAUGUAAAGGUUGAUUACCCUACUGAUAUGCUCCCCAAAACGAGAAAAGCCCUUAGCAUCCAGGAAAUUGCAGCUCUGGCCAGAUCAUCAUUUAAUGGCAUCUCACAGGUGGUGAAGGAUCAUGUGACCAAACCCACGGCCAUGGCUCAGGGGCGGGUGGCUCAUCUGAUUGAGUGGAAGGGCUGGUCUAAGCCCUUAGACCCUCCAUCUGCUACACUGCAGUCCCACUUUAACUCCUACUCCCAUCUCAGCGAGGGCGAGCAGGAGGCCCGGUUCGCAGCAGGUGUGGCUGAGCAGUUUGCCAUUGCAGAGGCAAAGCUCCGUGCCUGGACCUCUGUAGAUGAGGAGGAUAUGGAUGAAGAGUCUUUUGAAGACGAUCCUUCUCUCAAUGAUGAACAAAUCAUCACAAAUCAGAGCUCAGAUGCUGUAUUGUCCAAUCAAAGCUCCCCAGUGCCAAUUCAGACUGAGACAGACAAUGCUGAAAUCCAAUCCUUUGAUGACGCACCCUGUCAAUCAGAAACAGACUGGAGCAUGCAGGAACCGUGCAUGACCCAGAUUGACCAUGAUGAAAUUAUCAUCUCAGAGGAAGUGCCACAGGGAGCUGAAGAAGUGCAACUUUUAGAAGAGGAGAUAGACCGGGCCCUUUGUGGUGUUCACAAACCAGAACGCAGGCCUUUGUGGAGCAAAGGAGACUCCUGCUACUACUCCACCUCCUACUCCGAGUCUGGCCUCUCACCUGAGGAGGAGGAGGAUGGAAGAGAGGAGGAAGGGGAGGACAACGUCUUUCAGGAAGUCAUCCGCUGGUACAGACACUGCAGAAGCAUCUCAGAGACCUCAGGAGCUCUGUCUUUUGAAGAGGAAGAGCAGGACGAAGGUUCUGAGCAGUGACGUCAUGCUCUCUGUUGCCCUUUGUCUUGCUCCCUACGUAACCCUUCUGUGAAGUGUUUGUCCAGUCUGUUGCAUUCGAAGACAAUGACUUGUUUUUCCGUCUCCUUUCUUUUAAAGGGAUAGUUCACCCAAAAAUGAAAAUUCUGUCAUAAUUUACUCAGCCUCAUGUCUUUUGAAACUGAAUCACUUUCUUUCAAGGGCAUGCUUACAGCAGAGUGUCCAAGUUGCUCUCUUCUAUUCUAUGAAAAUGAAUGGGGACCACAACUGUAAAGCAAGAGUUUCAGUGAAUAACAACUUAAAAGAGAUAGCUCGCCCAGGAAUGAAAAAUCUGUCCUCAUUUACUCACCCUCAUGUUGAUCCAAACCUGAAAAAAAAUCACUCAAGUUUGGAAUUAAAUGAGGGUGAGGAAAUGAUGACAUGGUUAAGUUCACCCCAAUUUUUUUUUAACUUUUACACUUCAGUCGGUUCGUCACACUAAGCUAUUGUGUGGCUUCAAAAGACUUGGAAUAGGACUUUUCAGAGCUUGACAGCCACUGAUCCCUGUCCACUUUCAUUUAAUGGAAAAGAGCAGCUCAGGCAUUCUGCUGUAGUUCUCAUUUUGUGUUCCAUGAAAGUGAUUUUUGGAAUGAAAUGAGGUUAAACAGUGACAUCAUUUUUAUUUUUGAGUAAUCUCUUCCUUUAUCUCAGUGAUCAUUAUUUGAAGUAAAAGUCCUAGAAAACAGCACAGUACUGUUUCCUCAUUUACCUGGAGAGCAAGAUGAUACUGACAUCUGUGUGGCACUGUGUGAUGCUCAGCAGCCUCGUGGUUUUGUCAGAUCUCAGUGAUGGCACAUUAGGACUGUCUCCCAAUCUUAGAGACUGGAAUAUCUCUGUGAAGAACGUGGUCCUCAAAUGUUUCUCUUUUGUGACCGUUCAAAAGUGAUGUAAUGCUCAUAGUAAAUUUGCAAUGUUAAUAUUUCCGGAUUAUGGGUUUGCUGAGGGACAAAAAAAGACCCACUUUAUUUUGUUUUGGUUUAGAUGUCAUGCUGAAAAGUGCUUGUGUGUCCCAGCUUGCUGCCUUGAGUUGAGGUGCAGCUUUGCUGCUAUGAUGGAGCGUCGUGAAUGUGCUUGUUAUUACGAUCACUGUGUGAUGUAUUACAAAAGUUGAGCGAGAAUCCUCUAUCUUUAUGUUCAUUCUCUCUCUUUUCCUCCCUGUCUGCACUUCAAUAUUUGUUUUUUAUGUGAUUGGCUGCUGAAUGAACAGGUUUUUUUUUAAGCUACUAGUUUAUUCAACCUUGAGAUGCAGCUACAUUGAAAUGGUUGACUGUAAGAAUACGAUCAAUGCCUUUUGAACUGCUUUCGUUCAUGGAGAACGGCAGUGCAAAUCCAUGAUUAACCAUCUCUGUCAUCAUUAUCCUCAGUGAUGUCAUUGAUGUGAAUGUGUGAAUCCCUUCACAAAAUAUUUUUUUUCUAUGUUUGUACAUAAAUGUCUGAGGUCAAGGUUUAAGGGUUGUGAUUGCAUUAAAGUUAUGAGUA